CGGUUGGCAAGAACAUUGGUAGAUUGAAGCGAGCAUCGAACAUUGAGCACUGAGCUUGGUGGGGCAUGUAUGAAACAAGAAGAGGAGAGUAAAGAGUGGAAGAAUGGAGUUAGUAGUUGAGGAGAGUAGAUAGAGUAGAGUCCGUAGGAUCCGGGAGAAAGGCAAAAAGCGCGCGCAUUUGCAGCCCCUAUCGAUCCCCCGCAUUCAGAUCAGGCUGAGCGCUCGAAGCGAGCUGCGAACUGCGAAGCUGCGACUGGCAAGGUUGGCGAACGAGCGAGCAGGCAGGCUGGUGGACCAAAGCUGAGCGCGCUAAGAGAAAGUAGCAGUAGGCAGCAGCAGAGCCGAGCAGCAUCACAUUCGGCGCAGCGCAGCGCAACAAAAUCACCGUAGCAAGUGGCCAUUGUGCAGACCGCCGUUGCAGCGAAAGGUUGCUGCCUUAUCAGAUCUGCCUCGUGAUAUGGCCAGUGUAGUUUCGGGAGUGCACUCAACCAUGCUCAGCUAGUAUCGGCUAGAAGUGGCCGUUUGUUGUAAACGUGUUUAGGCCGACAAAGUCAAACACGUUCACCUAGGACUCUCGACGGCCACAGUCGAACUCCUGGGGCAUGACUGCCAAGUCCGGAGGAGUCUUCAUCCACGAGAAAUGAACUGUCUUGGUCCAGUAAAUAACUAGAAUGAUCCUGAGAGAAUUUGCGCUGCCUCUGAUGGCCACAGCCUUCCUGAUAGUCGCCACACUACCAGGGUCUGAGCAGGGGCCUCAUGAAAAGCGGCUGCUUAAUAAUUUGCUUGGUCCGUAUAAUGUUUUGGAAAGGCCUGUAGCAAACGAAUCGGAACCUUUGGAAGUUAAAUUCGGCCUAACAUUGCAACAAAUUAUUGAUGUGGACGAAAAGAAUCAGAUACUCACAACAAACGCGUGGUUAAAUUUGGACGAGAAGAAUCAACUCCUAAUAACAAAUAUUUGGCUUUCUUUGGAAUGGAAUGACUACAAUCUUCGAUGGAACGAGUCAGACUAUGGAGGCGUCAAAGAUUUAAGGAUAACACCAAAUAAAUUAUGGAAACCCGAUGUUCUUAUGUACAACAGUGCUGAUGAGGGUUUCGACGGGACUUUCCAAACAAACGUUGUGGUCAAACAUAACGGCAGCUGCUUGUACGUCCCUCCGGGUAUCUUCAAGAGCACAUGCAAGAUAGACAUUACGUGGUUCCCCUUUGAUGACCAACACUGUGACAUGAAGUUUGGUAGCUGGACCUAUGACGGCAAUCAGCUUGACUUGAUAUUGAACAGCGAAGAUGGCGGAGACUUGUCCGACUUUAUAACAAAUGGAGAAUGGUAUUUAUUAGGAAUGCCUGGAAAAAAGAAUACAAUUGUAUACCAAUGCUGCCCGGAGCCGUACGUGGAUGUGACUUUCACGAUUCAAAUACGAAGACGCACACUUUACUACUUCUUCAACUUGAUAGUUCCUUGCGUGCUGAUUUCUUCGAUGGCGCUGUUGGGAUUUACAUUGCCACCGGACUCCGGCGAAAAGCUCACAUUAGGAGUGACCAUCUUGCUCUCGUUGACUGUGUUCCUGAACCUCGUGGCAGAAACCUUGCCCCAAGUAUCUGACGCCAUUCCCUUGUUAGGUACCUACUUCAAUUGCAUCAUGUUUAUGGUGGCUUCCUCCGUGGUUCUUACCGUAGUGGUACUGAACUACCAUCAUCGCACAGCCGAUAUCCAUGAGAUGCCUAACUGGAUUAAGUCGGUGUUUCUUCAAUGGUUGCCGUGGAUCCUGGGCAUGAGCCGGCCGGGAAAGAAGAUAACUCGCAAGACAAUACUGAUGAGCAGCCGGAUGAAGGAGUUGGAGCUGAAGGAGCGAUCAUCGAAAAGCCUGCUGGCGAACGUGCUGGAUAUUGACGACGACUUCCGAAACCUGCCGGGAGGGAACAACGCCGCGAUGACUACGACGAGCCUGGGCGGCGGAUUUAUGCGGCACCCAACGACCAUAGAGGAGACCCCGAUGCCGGGCGGCACCGGCACGCAGCGCGACUUGCAGCACAUUUUGCGCGAACUUCAAUUCAUCACGAAUCGCAUGAAGAAGGCAGACGAAGAAGCUGAAGUGAUUAGUGAUUGGAAAUUCGCUGCCAUGGUGGUCGAUCGAUUUUGCCUGAUCAUUUUCACGAUGUUCACUAUCAUCGCAACGGUUGCAGUGCUUCUUUCGGCACCGCAUAUUAUUGUCCAAUAGGACAGGCGCUAAGGCUGCAACCGAACCAAAAGUAGAAGACAAUGCAGCCGACACAACAAUACAUCAUUAUUAGGAUAUUAUUAUACUUAAGAUACAAAUAAGACAUAAAGAAGAGGAUGAGGAAGAUCAAGCCUGCCUGCUCAGCAAGUAGAUAAACAGACAAGACGGGCACACUGCUAUAAGUAACUAUAACUAUAGGAAGGAAGAAGGAAAUAGAUUCAAAAACAUUUUCUGUGAUACAAAACAACACAGCACAACAAACAGCGUAUCGUGUCGGCAGUUCGGCACCGCAGCAAUGUGCAAAUGUGCCUUCCCUGUGGAACAUUAACGAGCUGUUGAACAACUAAAAGGCAGGCACCUAUGUGCACGUAUUUGCUAAGCGCUGCACCGUACUUAAUGUCAUUGUAGUGGCUGUGGAGCGGGGGUCAUGUGCACUUUUGACCCCUCUCAGCUCACAUUGCAUUGUAUUGGCAAAUGGCAAUAUGUUAAAAUAAUUAUAAGAUAAUAAGUACGCAUCGUAUCGUAACUUACCAGAGAUCAGAUCGGACUUUGAAGUCCUAAUCAUCCAAUCGCUAUAAUCACUCAACAGUACACCAGUACUUGUUAAACAGUACUUCGUGCAAGUAGCUAGUUGGUAGAGUAUCAUUAGUUCGAGGUACACACGUGUCUGCCUUUUGUUCGCCCAUUGAUAAUUAAUAAAAGGUGUCCACCUGAAUUAAAAAGUAUUGUGAUGAACUUCGCAAAUUAAUGAAUGAAUUUAAAUUUAAUGAUCAGUUAGGAGAUUAAAUAGUAUAUAUAUAAAUAAUAACCGUAACGUGGGUAAUGCGCUCGUUUUGUAUAAUCGAGCCAGAAUCGGCGCAAAAUGUCGGCCUAGAAACUAAACUUACUAAAGAUACGAAAAUCAAUCAUUUUACAUUCAACAUCACCGACUAUUCGAGAUGCUGGUGCCGGUGCCGAGCCGGAGCCGGCUCUGGCAUUAAGCGAGUAAAUCUAACGUUCGUUUACUUCUGGACACGUUUGCUGACAUUCGAAAACGCUGCAUCCUGGCUUGUCGUGUGAAGGACGCUAUGUGCGCGGCUUAUAUCUCAUCAUCAUCAUCAUCAUUAUUGCCGAAAUUAUCGUCAAAAUCUACUCGUACUGCUAGUUUCAGUGGUUCCUCCGUCUCUUCAUCCCCAUUACAAACAAUAAAUUCAACAUCAUCUGCCGUGCGCAUGCCGUCCUUUUUUUAUAUCAUAUAUUUAUACUAAUUUAUAUUUAAAAUAAAACUUCGAAUUUUUCAUUACCAAAGCAACAAUAUACCAUGUGUGGUAAAACUACCGGUUAAUUAUAACGAUAACAUUGUUUAAUUGAUAAUAAUAAAUUAAUUAACAAAAUAGCAUUUAAUACGAUUUUAAUAAAAAAAGAAACGUUUCUUUGGGCAUUUUAUAUAACAUAGUGUCAGUCAGUCAGUCAGUCAGUCAGUCAUACAUAUCCCUUAUUUCGUGUCAGUUCUGGCACGACGGAAUGUCGUCGUAUGCAUUUCCAAGCCAAGCCACUCUACUCUAUAAGUACUAAGGCCAAAUACUUCUACUACUUUGAAAUAGGCUGCUUUUUCUAAUUAAGUACCUCAAACUCUGACGCAACAGGAAGAGGGGCAAUCGCAAUUGUCCAAUCUUACUUAGACUAGUAUUGCAGAGAUGUGUACCCGAUCUUUAGAAUUCAAAUAUAACAAUUUCUAUCUAAUGUUCUCCCGAUCCCUUGGCUUCGUUCAUUUAUUAUUAAUAUUAUUAUUAUUAUAAUAUUAAAUGCUCAACUAUCAAUAAUAUUACGUUGCAUUUGCUAAAUCAUAUAUUUAUAUUAUGUUAUCCUCAUGCUGGAAUUACAAAUGAAUUAUGUCGAAUAAAUGUAUAACGUAUGAUUGAAAAUAAAUGCAGAAAAAAUUUAAUUACAUUUUUGUUCAAUUAUUACUAUUGACCCCCUGAAAUAAUUUUAAUUGAUUUGGCUAAAAUUAACAUCUUUAAAAUUGAUUUAUAAAUUUAACAUUCUACCAUUAUCCAUUAAAAACAUAAACCUAAUUUAACUAAGUACUCAAUUUAUAAAUUUUUUAUUAAAAUGUUUAAAUCCCAUUAGACAUCCCAAUUAUACACAUUCAUUAACAUUAUAUUCAUUUUUUUAUUGAGGUGCAAGUGUAAAUGUACGAAAAAUAAAUACUGAGAAUUUGGUUUGAUAA